UUCAUUAAAGAUAAGGAGUUCAGGGUUAAUUUUCGAGUUAGUGACAAAAAUAUGUACGUUUUUUAAUGAUUAUAGAUUGCAUUUGUCAUAGUUCUGAACGAUAAUCAGCCAGAUAACCACCAUCGGAUGAAUACUUUCAUUAUGCUAUAAAUGUAUUUAAAAAAUGAAGACAUCACAGAAUUAUAAAAAAAAAUCAUGCAAAUAAGUGUAGUCGGUAAGUUUACAAUUGUUAGACGCAUUUGCCUAACAAAUGUUUAGCACCAAAAGUAAGAAAAAUAUCGUAAAAAACAGGAUAUUAUUGUUUUAAGUAUAUUGAUAACAGACAUAACCUUUUCAUUAUUAUAAGUUCGUUUAGUUGUGAAUUAGAGCUAAAUAUUUAUAAGAUUUGACAAGUCAUCUUAUAAUUCAAACAAAUCCCUUUCUUUAUCUUAACUUUUCUUUUAUAAUGAUUCCUAAUUUUUGUUUGAAUUAAUAAAAAGUUAUCAUGAAAGCUUUGGCUAACCUGGUAAAGUGGAUAACCAUGGUUAUUGUCAGUUGUUCAAAUUGUAAUAUACGUUACGGUUUGAGACAAAACACUAGUUCGUGUUGUAGCAAAUCGUCGAAACAUGUUCGGUGGCCAGAUAUUAGUGUUCGGUCGUAAGACGAGAAGGGAAGAUGAAUCUGGUAUUGUUCGCACGCAGAAUAUCAACGCAGCCAGGAUGAUAGCCGAAGUGGUGAGAACUAACCUUGGACCGUCCGCUAUGCUGAAGAUGUUGAUGGAUCCGAUGGGAGGAGUUGUCAUGACCAACGAUGGGAACGCCAUCCUCAGGGAGAUAAUCGUCCAGCAUCCUGUCGCCAAGAUGAUGAUCGAGAUCGCCCGCACACAAGACGAAGAAGUCGGAGACGGAACAACCUCUGUUAUCAUACUCUGCGGUCAAAUACUAUCAGAAGUAGAGAGGUUCAUAGGGUCAUACCAUCCUAGCAUCAUCAUUAGAGAACUGAGGCAAGCAUUGGACGACAUUCUCACCUUCAUGCCUGAGAUCAGCAAAUCAGUCGAUACUAAAAACCAUGAAGAGAUGCUGAAUCUCAUAAAAGCUUCCCUUGGUACCAAAUUUCUAGGUACCUCCUGGUCAAGGAUGGCAUGCGAAAUGGCAUUGAAAGCCGUUAAUAUUGUUAAGGAAUCUUCUGGCAAGGACAGAGAAAGGAUAGACAUUAAGUCUUUCGCUAGAGUGGAGAAAGUCCCUGGUGGAUCAAUGGAAGAAUCACAUGUACUCGAAGGAGUUAUGAUUAACAAAGACAUUUUGCAUCCUGAGAUGAAGCGCUUGAUUUUGAAUCCACGUAUUUUACUUCUGAAUUCUGCAUUGGAAUACAAAAAAGGUGAAAGUAUGACAAACGCUGAAAUGGUAAAAGAGGGAGACUUUACCAGAUUGCUUCAGAUCGAAGAAGAAUUUAUAGUGAAUCAGUGCAACAAAAUUAUAGCUUUGAAACCCGAUUUGGUAAUCACUGAGAAAGGGAUGAGUGAUCUUGCAAUUCAUCAUUUUGCCAAAGCUAAAAUAAGUGCCCUUCGAAGAGUGAAGAAAAUGGACAUGGUUAGAAUAAGCCGAGCGACAGGUGCAACUUUGAUGAGUAGGAUCGAAGAAAUUAGUGAACAACACCUGGGCACUAGAGCAGGUCGUUUUGAAGUCAUCUUGAUUGGUGAUGAAUAUUUCUCAUUUAUUAAUGACUGCAAAGAUACCAAAGCCUGCACGAUCGUCCUUCGUGGACCGAGUAAGGAUAUUAUUCAUGAAGUAGAGAGAAAUCUACAGGAUGCCAUGAACGUAGCCAGGAAUUUAUAUAUGGAACCUUCUGUUGUUCCUGGAGGAGGUGCUGUUGAAAUGAAACUUUUUGCAAAAAUAAUCUCUUCUAAAUCGGGAUUGGAAACUGAAGGAAGUCCUUACUCGACUGUACCUGCUGCGCUCAAGAUUAUACCACAAACUUUGCUAGAAAAUUCUGGUGCGAGUGUGAUGCACAGUAUGUCUAAACUUGAGUCUGCCCAUUUAAAAGGGGAAAUGUUAGCUGUUGAUGGAGUUACUGGGGACUUAGUAGCAGCCGAAGAGCUCGGUAUCUGGGAACCAACUAGAGUUAAAACUCAGAUAUAUAAAACAGCCAUUGAGACAGCUGUCCACAUCUUGAAGAUCGAUGAAAUUGUUUCAGGCUCUAAGUCAAAAUCUGCACAAUCUCUUGAUAAAGUGGAGAAGAAACAGAAAGGCGAACCAGUGAACAUGGCAGGGCAAGGUGAUCAGAAAGAGUUCUGAUUUAAGAAAUUUACUCACUUCAACGGUAUUUUGUUCCUGUAGUUAUUAUAUUGUGAUAAAGUUUCAAUUUUUAAAAUAUUAAAAUUAAAAAAAAAAAAUGAAAAAUGAUUGUGCUUUUUCAUAUAUUGAUGUAUUUAACAUUCUGAAAAAAUGUAUUUCUUAAUAUAUGAAUAAAUUUAUUAUUUUUUAAAU